AUGGCCCCAAUGGCGAGACCAAAGGCUAUCUUCCAAAACCCUUCCCUUGGAAAUGUAUCAGACGAAAAUGACAACGUAGCUCGGGUAUUUGUUGGCAGAGGCGAGAAGAUGAAGGAGUUCCGCGUCAACAAGAAGAUGCUCAGCAAUGUUGCCCCUUUCUUCGAGGAGCAGCUAGAUGCUACGCCGGCCGGCAUCGUCAAGACGUCCGGCAAGCCCGUGCCAGUAUGGCUGCCCCAACAAAACUCAACCAUCCGCCUCCCGAACGAAUCCGCCUCCAUGUUCGAGCUCUUCGUCGUCUGGCUGCACCAGCGUGACGGCUUCCGCCGCCACCUCGACGAGAUGAUCACACUCGUCAGUGACGCCCCUGGCGUGCCGUGCCAGCGUCUGCACUGGGCUCUGGUCCGCCUCCACAUCUUUGCUGCUCGUCUCGACCUGCAUCACCUGCAGGACUUGGCCAUCGAUGGCAUUCAAGACAUAUACCUCCGCUGCGACUGGGACGUCAACCCUUCGUUCGUCGAUUACGUUUACGGGCAGUGUGACGCACAGGCAGCGAUGAGACUUCGGCGGUGGACGGUGGCGAUGGUGGCGUGGUCGGUCGCGGGCGGUUCGACAUCGAUCGUAAAGGAUGACGGCGGGCUCGAGAGGUUCCAGGAAAUGUUUGAGCGUUUUCCGGACUUCACCACCGACUACACGUCGCACCUCCGCAAGAUGAAGUCAAGCAAGCUCGACACGCGCAUCAAGAACCCUCAACUCCGCAUCCCGGCCAACAAGCUCCGUAACGAGGAGCGACAGUUUGGCUUCCGACAGUGCUCGUUCCACAGCCACCGGGCCGCCGUCGGCGAGCGCAGGUGCCCCCAUACCACCGCCAGCAGGGAGCUGGAUAACUUCCUCCUGGUGCCGUUGGUCAUGGAGGUGGCGCCGCAGCCGUCUCGCAUCACUUCUCGUCGGGACGUAUCACAACACCUGCGCCAAAAGGCGAUGGCUCAUACAGCGCAGGCGUGUUAG